AUGCACGCCUAUGGAUACGGCUAUGCACUGAUGCCCACAUCGUUUUUGAUGAACACCAUCAUCCCCGCACAUUUGGGACUGUGCCUGUACGGAGCUCUAUUUUCACAGAGUUUGUCCCUUCUCGAGUAUCAUUUCAUCUAUCGCUAUCUCGCCAUUUGCAAAAGCAAUUGCUUGUAUUGGUUCAACUCGUGGAAAUAUUUCAUUAUUCAUAUUUUUAUCUGGCUAAUGAUGGGCCUUGUUUGGGGACUGCUUACACACUUGUUCUUGAGCUCGCAGACAUUGGCAGAACGAAUUUUCAACCACAGCAAUGAGCGAAAAAUCGAUCAGAUUGCAACACGAGCUCUUCCGAGCGCUAUUGGUUCAGACAAUUGUCCCAGGGAUCUU